GUGAAGCAGAUGACGCGCUUCUUCACCAAGCUGGACGCUGACGGCUCGUACCGUGCCCUGAAGGAGGUGUGUGAGAAGAUGGGGUACGGCUGGAAGAAGAGUUGCACCAACCAGGUCACCAUCUCAACCACACACAGGAGGAACAACAAACUCAUCUUCAAGGUGAACCUGGUGGAGAUGGAGAGCAGGAUCUUGGUGGAUUUUCGCCUCGCCAAGGGUGAUGGCCUGGAGUUCAAAAGACACUUUCUGAAGAUCAAGAGCAAGCUCAGCGACAUCAUCAGCACCCAGAAAGUCUGGCUGCCUGCCACCUGAGCCCCAGCAUGCCCCCUGCCUCCUCCUCCUCUUCCUCCUCCUCCUCCUUUUCCUCUUCUUCCUGUGGGGAACACCCAACCAGCCGCAUGCUUCAGGUUUUAAAGGUUCAAUAAAGUCCUUGGGGACACAUGAA